AUGAAUAGUAAAACCCCAUUUGAAGAACAAUCAACUAAGAUAUCUAUUUCUGACUGGGAUAUUUAAGAGACAGACUUAAUAAGCUCUCCCUCAUCACCUUAAGUUGAAGGAUUUAUCAAAUAGAUUCAAAACCAUAAAUUCGUUAUUGGAAUUUCGAAACCAGAAGAAAAAAGAAUAGGACUUUCUUCAGUCAAAAAAAGCAAAAUAACAAUCAAGGGAAUCUUAGGGAUCUCUAAUCUUCUUAUCUGA